UGAUGAAAUAUUCACAAUAAAGAUAGAAUGUUGUCUUUGCCUCGAGCUAGAAACAAGCCGGCACUGAGAACGUAGGCUACUUCCUGGUAAUUUAAUAUUCACCGGUAGAGUAGGAGAGGGGAGAAAUAAAUGGGUCUUCCUUCUAUAGUUGGCUAUUAUACAAUACCAGAGCCUGACACUUAAACCACAAAAGUGAAUCAGAUUCGAGAGAGAGAGAGAGAGAGAUAAAAAAAUCCCUCUCAUCUUCUUUUAUGGAACUUUAUCUUGUCCCGAGCGCCUGCAAUUAGCACAAGUUUUCACUGGUGACGCUGUUUGAUGAGGAUUAACGCUUGCGCCUCACACAUCCAACCAGCUCCAUUAUUUCCAAUAGCUGGAAAGGCCUGGUAUUGACUAUACAAUAAGCCAGCCAAAGACGAACAAAUGCAAGCAAACCCCGGGCCCCGACAUGAGACGGGGAGAUGCUACGGCGAGUCGGGAGCCCAACUCGGAUUAUGAUGUUCAAUUUUGCGCCGUAAAGAAGAGGCGAGGGGAGAUUGAAGGCGAAAUCUGAGGCCAUUGUUAUCUGCGAGCAGGGCGUACCAGUGACAGGGCGGCCAGGAGCAGCGCUGCCUGUCCAUUUACAGCCCCCCUCGCAUACCUCAGAUCUUUCAUGCUAGACCGUCUCCCCCUUUCGCGAACCGAGGGGAAUCGUCCAGCAGCGCCCGCACUCCUCCGCGGGGGCAGCCGUGCUCGAGAUACCCGGUGUAUGAAGCGCGCUGUCUGUCUGGAAUACCGAAACUGCUUUGAGCUUUGGGCUUUUUUAUUGAUUGCAGCGUGGCCGAAUGUGGAAAAUAUGAUGCCUGCCCGUGCGUCUCUCGUCAGAGGCUAAGGUCAGCUUCCAAGAGGCCAUUGGAAAGAGACCGUCACGUGACAUCUAGUGCCAAUGUUCUUCCAGAAGGUCGUCAGGACCCUGGUAGCCGGUAUCUCGACUUUUGGAAAUGCAGAAAACGACCUACUACGACAACUCAACACUUUUUGGAGGUUAUUCGUACCAGGGGGCAAACGGUUUUGGCUAUGAUGCUCCGGCACCAGCCUUCCAGAGCACAGCGCAUCUUGAGGGUGACUACCAAAGGUCUGCAUGCUCCCUACAGUCACUCGGCACCAGCGCACCCCCACAGCCUCAGCAUGCCAAGACGAAAGAGCUUAACGGCAGCUGCAUGCGGCCCAGCCUGCCACCUGAACACCACCCACCCCCCCAGGUUUCCCCGCCUCAGAACCCUGUAAACAUUGCUGCCUCAAAUGCCACCCAGCAGCCAGGCGGUAGCAGUAGUGGUGGUGGUGGUGGCAAUGGGGGCACAGCCAAAUCAUCAUCCAAGUCAUCUUCUCUAGCCUCAAACCCAGCCCUCAACAAGCAAAUCUUUCCUUGGAUGAAGGAGUCACGUCAGAACACCAAGCAAAAAAACAGCUCCCCCAGUGCAAGCUCUGUUAACGCGGAGAGCAGCGGUGGUGAGAAAAGCCCUCCGGGUUCUGCAGCUUCUAAGAGAGCACGCACAGCUUACACCAGCGCACAGCUGGUGGAACUCGAGAAGGAAUUUCACUUCAACCGAUACCUGUGCCGGCCACGGCGUGUGGAGAUGGCCAAUCUACUCAAUCUUAGUGAGCGGCAGAUCAAGAUUUGGUUCCAGAACAGGCGAAUGAAGUACAAGAAAGAUCAAAAGUCAAAAGGCAUUGGCUCUUCCUCAGGGGGGCCAUCCCCUACAGGAAGUCCCCCCCUCCCGAUGCAGUCUUCAGCUGGUUUCAUAAACUCCAUGCACUCGAUGGGCAGUUAUGAUGCUCCAUCCCCACCAUCUUUCAACAAGCCCCAUCAAAAUGCAUAUGCCAUGUCAACAGCCUAUCAGAACCCAAUGAAGGGUUGCCCACCACAACAAAAGUAUGGAAACACUGCUCCGGAUUAUGACCCACAUGUGCUACAGAGUAACAGUGGCACCUAUGGGACACCAAACAUGCAGGGUAGCCCUGUGUAUGUAGGAGGCAGCUAUGUUGAUGCCAUGCCUGCCACUGGGCCUUCUAUGUAUGGUCUCAAUCACCUACCACACCAUCAGUCGGCUAGCAUGGACUACAAUGGAGCCACACAGAUGUCUGCGAACCAGCACCAUGGACCGUGUGACCCACAUCCAACAUACACGGAUCUGUCUGCGCACCAUCCUUCUCAGGGUAGAAUCCAAGAAGCACCCAAGUUGACUCAUCUGUAGCAGGUUUGGACAUUAAAAAAACUGAAAAAGAAAGAAAAGAUUAAAGGAAGACAAACAAAACAGACUAACCCAUGGGGCGAUGCAAUGAGGUUGAAAAAGAUGAUCCAGUGGUUACUUGCCAUGACUAGAGCACCAAUUUGUGUCAACGUUGUCCUUACAUUCAUAUGUGAACAUACCGAUUUUACAUGAAUUUUGUAUCCAUAGGUCUAAAUACCCCUUUAAAGUGAUAAACUUCAUUAAAGGUGCAUAAAAAUGGCUAGUUUAUGCCAAGGAAUAGAUUGUCUAGCUAUAUGACCUCAUUACAUCAUUGUAAACGUUUCUGUAUUUCUUCAGCAUUGUUGCAGCAUUCCUCACACUUCCGGUUCUAUGGAGGCUGGUACGGUUUAGGCUACAUUUAAAGUUACUGCAGAUGCAAGAAAACCACUGGAUUGUUUUCGUCCACUACCCUUAUUUCACAUACCUCUUCUUUAUAAACGUCUCACUCACCAGUCAAUUUCCAAUUAAUUUGUUCCCCCCCAAAAAACAAACAAACAAACAAAAACAAAAAAACAGCAAACUGCGCCUUGUCUUUAGCAGGAUACAUUGAUCAAGAUGUUCAUCUCUUUAUCUGCUUUAAAGGGUUGAAGUCUGUUUAAACUAUGCUACCAACCCCUAUUAUUUAUAAGUAAAUAUACAUUUGUUAUGGCUUUUGACACAGGGUAAAAAGAAAUGAAUUGUUGAGAAUUCUAGUAAAUUCAAGCUCAUCCCCUCAUUCUCAACUCACUGCCCCUCCCCUUCCCGCUCCUCAAACUCUUUCCCCAGUUCUCUAUCUUUCCCAAUCGUUGGGUUUGCCUACAUUAGUCUAAACUAAUACGAAAGGCCCAUAUUUUCUCAUGUCUUGACUUAACGUGGAAACAGGGUAUAUUUGAACAAAAAUGCAUGUCCGGGAAACCGAGCUAUGCGCUCUCGUCUGGGCACCAUUGUUGCACUUAGAGUUUACAUUUAAUGGGUGAGGAAGAAAAGUAAAUCUUAUUUUAAAUCGGAAGGCCUUCAAUCAGCGUCUUUCGCUAAGUGUGUUCAAGUGAACAUUCAUAAAUAUAUAUUUAUUUGUAAUAGCCAGUUUAAAUACUUUCUUUUUUGUAUUAUUUAUCCCCAUGUAUUUAUAUCGAUAAAAUGUACUUUUUUAGUAUCUACCUGUUAUAAAAAGACGUUGUGUUCUUGUCAUUGUAACAAAUUAAUUUUAGUUCUUGUAUUUUAGAGAUAUGUAGGUUUAUGUUACCCUUGUAUGAAUAAUGUCUUCACUUGUACAGGGGGCGCAAGAACGGAAUCAACCCGUUCCUGCAUAGUCGAGGAUUAGCGAUUAUAGCGAAACAUUUUGAGAAAUUCAUUUGUCCUUUGUAACUACUUUUAUUUCCUUGUUAAGAGUUGGU